AGAAACGCGUUCAUGUGUUUAAUGUCUGCUUUUCACAACUGAGCCAUGGAAAGAAAACACAUGUCCGCAUUGUCCAUAUAUCAGUCACUCUCAGGAGGAAAAACACCACAAGCUCAGGAUAAAGCACCACCGGCAAAGAAAGUCAAAAGGAAGGAGAACGGUGUCAGACCAAGCAAGAAAGCAACUAAAAAGAAAAGGACGAAACCUCUUAAAUCCAGCGUGAGAUCCAGCAGCAGUGAAAAGGAGAAACAUGAAGGAGAGAGCGACUGUAGGGAGAUGAAUGGUAAAAGGUUUGAUAAUGUAGCUCUCGAUAUUCUCCUGACGGAUCUGGCGAAGGUCAACAACAGCAGAGAUCGAGCCAACAGACUCUUCCAGUGGCUCAUUCACCCAGUGCAGGACAAAAGCUUCUUCAGAGAUAACUGGGAGAAGAAGCCAAUUUUGAUCCAACGACAGAAUGCAGAUUAUUAUAAAGGACUCUUUUCGACUGCUGAAUUUGACCGGAUAUUAAGAAACGAUGAUGUUCAGUAUGGAGUGAAUCUGGAUGUGACCAGCUACACUAAUGGGAAAAGAGAGACACACAAUCCUCCAGGACGAGCGUUACCGUACACCGUAUGGGAUUUUUAUGAGAGUGGUUGCUCUAUCAGAAUGCUCAAUCCUCAAGCGUUUUCCUCCACGGUUUGGCAGGUGCUCUCUGUUCUUCAGGAGAAGUUUGGCAGCAUGGCAGGAGCAAACGUGUAUCUGACGCCACCAGGGACGCAGGGCUUUGCCCCUCAUUUUGAUGAUAUAGAGGCGUUUGUUGUGCAACUAGAGGGCAGAAAGCACUGGAGAGUUUACAACCCACGUUGUGAAGACGAAGUGCUGUCGCUGGUGUCCAGUCCUAAUUUCAGUCAGGAUGAGAUCGGGGAGCCCGUCAUGGAUGUGGUUCUGGAGGCUGGAGAUCUGCUGUAUUUUCCUCGUGGUUUUGUUCAUCAGGGCGACUGUCUGCCUGACGCUCAUUCCCUGCACAUCACCAUCUCAUCCUAUCAGAGGAACAGCUGGGGAGACCUGAUGCUCAAAUUGAUGCCAGCCGCUCUGGAGGUUGCGAUGGAGGAGGAUGUGGAGUUCAGGAAGGGUCUGCCGCUCGAUUACCUGCAGUAUAUGGGCGUUCAGAACUCUGAGAAGGAGGAUCCGCGGCGAGACCGAUUCAUGGCACACAUUCAGGGCCUCAUGAAGAAGCUGGUCAGUUUUGCUCCAGUCGAUGCUGCUGUGGAUCAGAAAGCCAAAGACUUCCUGCACGACUGCCUUCCACCUCUGCUGACCGCUGAAGAGAAGGCCGGCAGUGUGUACGGUGCUCCUGCUCGAUGGGGAGACUCUGAGGCUCUGGAUGUGGCUGUAGAACUGAAGAGUCAAACAAGAAUCAAAUUGGUGCGAGCCGGAGCUGCCAGGUUGUGCAGUGAUGGAGACACUGUACAUCUUUAUUACACCACUGAAAACUCCAGAGUCUACCAUAAAGAAGCAUCCAAGAGCUUUGAGAUGAAAACAGAGCACAUCGACGCCAUGGAGUUUCUGAUUCACUCAUAUCCCAAGUUUGUGUCUGUGGCUAGUUUACCAUGCGAGACGGCGGAGGCUAAGAUGUCUCUGGCCGAGCUGCUCUUCGAGAAGGGAUUGAUCUUCACCGCUGAACCGCUAACAGCUCAAUAAAGCACCGAGUACUCUACCUUGAA